GAUUUUAAUCUGAGCGGCAUUAUAUUCACGUCGUUUCAACGUCUGUUACUUUUUGUUUUAUUUAAGCUGUUUUGUCAGCUCGUCAUCUUGAAACUUUUACGCCAGUUUGUUCGUAACCACUACUUUCAGAACAACUUCGAGAUCCCGUAGAAAACGUGUUAUUUCUAUGGACGUCUUACGAAAGCAAGAAAUACUUCCACAGUUGCCCAAGUUAGACAAGUACGAAAGAAAGUCUUCUUGUGGUAACACUUGGCAAGGUUCUCUCUCAGAAACUGAAAGCUGGCGAGAGAAAUUGAGGUAUUUGACAGACUAUAGACUUGAAAGGGGACGGUUUGACAAAGAUACGGAUUUCCUCUCAACCUUUCAACCGAAGCAAAACGAAGUUCAGAGAAAUAAUAUUUCUUUUGAAUUCGACUCGGAUAAGAGCUCUCGUAAAACUGAUUUUCCCGGAAUUCUGACGGAACGACCUGUUUUGCUACGGACAAAUCAGGAGCCUGACGUGUAUGGUGCACGUUUGCGUGAAUUGUCUGCAGCUAAUGCAGAGGGAGAGAGAAAUGUUUUUCAUGAGGAUAAGACUUCGUCUUCUCAGUCUAAACUUCCAUCGUUUGAGAUUUUUAGUGCCAUUGGUCAAAAAGAAGAUAUUCCAGGUUAUCAGGGAGGUUGUUUACGCGGAGAGACAGUAUUAAAAACAGCUGCAGUUGCAUCCCCACAGAUUGCGGAUAGGAAUAGCAGAGUGUCGUUUCAUGAUGGUGGUAUUUUACAGCCGAUCAAUUCUCCUACAGGUUUCAGUCAACCGCGUAAUGACAAUAAUAGUUACAAAACUUCGUCUUCAGAAGAAAAUUUAUACUCGAUUCGACAGCUUCCAUGGAGUGAAUAUGCUCGGACAAGAAAUUACGACUGUGUGGAACCAUCCCUUGGGGUUUCAAUAUCUGACGAACAGAGAAGAUUCGGCGAAAAUGCACUUUGUAUGAGUGUAAGCCAACCUAUGUAUGAGGAGCCACACCCUCUAGUUACGCUUCGAAGCACUGAGGGUUUGACUCAAGAGCAAAAGCAGUUGAGAAGAAUUCUGAAGAAUCGAUGGAGUGCAAAAAUGUCGCGUAUGAAAAGAAAUGAACAAAUUCGGAGAUUAGAAUUCAAAUCUAGUGAACAGGAAAAAAUAAUACGGGAAUUGCUCGAAGAACGAGAUAGCUUGAAGAACGAAAUUAGUUUGCUGAAGAAGCAGGUGGAGCAGCAGCAAAGUGAAAAUGUUGCGGAAUAAAACUAACUGGAUGGUGGUUGCCGACUAUUUGUACAUAUAGAUAUAUACCUUAUGGGAGAUAAUGCAGAGGUUGUGUUAAUAAUAUACUCCGACAUAGCUAUAUGUCAUUGUGUAGCUUCGAAAUGAAUAGAAGCGUUUGUUACAAAGUUUUUCGCCACGGUAAAAUUGUCGAAAGAAGAUAUUUCUCUCUUCAAGUAACUUCUCUCUGAGAUAUGUUCGGUGCGUAAAAUGCAUUAACUUGGUUAAUUCAUUGUGAAAGAAAAUUGCCGAUGGGUUCCUCCCACAUUCUUGUAAUAUGGGAAUCAACGCUCUCUUGGCGUCUUGACUUUCUUUGUGUUAGAGUUAUGGUCUGGCCUUCGAACUCAUGAAGCUUUUUUUGUGUGUAAAACCUUGCGCUUGGAUAGUUUCGAUAGAAUCUUUGUUCCAACAAGGAGCGUUUCUUCCAGCUGUUGAAAAUUCUGCUAGUUCGUUCGUUCCACGUUUUAUCGAAAAGCAAUAAUGUUGAAUUUAUCGACAGAAUAAAGGUUUAAAGUCGAACAGGAUCUGAGUCCGAUUAAGAUUCUCUUCCGUAUUUCAACAAACUUCAUUGGCAAUAAACCUCAUAGAAGGACAAAUAUUAUUGGAUAACUAAGAAGCUUGAGAUUCCAAAUAUUAGUAGCUCAUCCAUAUUUCUGCUUACA